AUGUCGCUCGAUUGGUCUGCGUUGUUCACCUAUAGACGGUUUCUUCUUUGGGCUUUCUUCACGAGUUUUGGAAAUGUUCAGAUGGGUUAUGCAUAUACGGUAUUCGGGCAGUUGCUUGCAUUCCCCAGCUUUCUAGAGCAAUUCGGAUACCUGUAUAACGGAGAAUAUGUCAUUCCGGCGGCGCACAUCACUGCAUUCUCAGCCGCCCAGACCAUUGGGAGUUGUACGGGCAGCGUCAUAGCUGGCUUUCUUCUCGACCGCACCGGACGCCGACAUAUCAUCCUCCUGGGGUGCGCCAUUAGCUGUGCGGGUAUUGCUCUGCAGAUCACGGCGCUGUCGUGGCAGCGGUACUUUGGAGGAAUUCUUGUGAUGAUGUGCGGGAAUGGGACUUUGAUUACCUUGAGCCCAACUUUCGUAGGGGAGUUGUCGCAUCCAACCAUGCGUGGCUUCACACUUUGCUUUUACAACUUUAGCAUUGUCCUCGGGCAGAGUUUGGCAGCAUUCAUCACUCCGGGCAUAAUCCACAUAACCGGUAGAUGGCAAUACCGAAGCAUAUUGACGGUGCAGUACUUCUUCAUCAUCAUACUCUUCAUAGGGUACUGGUUCAUGCCAGAAAGCGCAUACUGGCUUCUACUGCACGAUCGCCCCGAGGAAGCCCGAAAGUCUCUAUCUCGUCUGCACGGAAAUGAGGCGCUCGCAGAUAGCGAGUUCGAGAGGCUGCAGGGCGAAGUGACGAAGGCGAAGCAGUUGCAGGCUCUCAAGGGGGGCAAGAAGGACAGGAUGGCUUUCUUGAGGUGUCUUUCCGGGACGAACAAAAAACGUACUUUGGCUGCUGUGGCGACGACCGUGGGACAGCAACUGUGUGGCGCCAGCGUCGUUCUGGGAUAUGUAUCCUAUUUCUUCAACAACGUUCACAUCGAAGAUGUCUUCACUGUUACCGCCAUCCUCUUUGCGUUCAAGCUCAUCGGAACUUCAUCUGCGUUCGUCUUUGUGGAGAAGUAUGGUCGAAGGGGGCUUAUUCUUCCCGGAAUCGCCGUCCUGGCCGUUACUCUCCUUGUGAUGGGCAUCGCAGGUUGCUUCACAUCCACAGCCGCUGGGUGGGUCAUGGUCGUCACGGUUUUUAUCUGGAGUAUCGUAUACCAAUCCACGAUCGGCGCAGCGGGUCUUGCAUUCGCACAGGAAGUCGGAAAACCGUCCUUGAGAGCUCAGCUGUCAAUGAUCCAGACAGUUUGCCAGUCCUUGAUGGUCUUGGUGUUCGCGGUCGUCAUACCCUUCAUGCUAAAUCCCGAUCAAGGCAACCUCGGCGGUAAGGUCGGAUUCCUUUACUUCGCUCUCUGUUGCAUCGUGUGGUCGACUCUAUACUUCAUGCUCCCAGAGACGAAAGGCCUUUCAUUCAGCGACAUAGAUCUCCUCUACGCUCGUGGCAUUGCUCCUCGCCGCUUCAAGCAAUAUGUACGAGAGCAUCGAGCAGAAAUGGAUGCUGAGCAUUCGCUCGAUAAGACUCCCACUUUGAGUCGGAGGCCAAGCGAUGUAGAGAAAAAGGAUGCAGAUGCGUUGGAGUUGGAGGUGUAA